GGGCGAAAGCACAAGCAUAUCAACUGCGACACGAAAAAAUAAAAAAAGGAAAUCAGAGGAACGGCGUAAAAUCGGUCGCAGAGGGGAUUGGAUUCUCAGGGCUGUUGGUAACGGCAAAAAAGAUGAGUUUGGGGCUGGGGAGGCGGGUAAGGAUUGGGUUGACGAACAUGGCACAAAGUACAUUAGAGAAAUUGGGUUAAAACUCCCCAAGACGCUCAAAGACAUGUUAGUAAAUCUGAUGGAAAGAAUAAAGUGGAACGAAGAGGUGCGCAAACAAAUACAAACAAUAGGCAUUAUUCAUGCAGGCCUCAUGAUGACAAUAGUAUAUGCUGACAACCCUAAAGGUUACAUCUGCAGGUUUCGGCGUUGCGAUCUGAUGGAAGUCCCAGACACAGUAGAAAAAUUCGAUUCCGUUUUAACGAUCCUGGCAUCUGUUCUGAAUGCAAAGUCUGUAGUCCAAGAGACGGUAAAGAUGGUUCAAACAGGAGGACAGGCUACAAAAUCAUUUAAGAGUGUCGGGCUCCGAAAACGACCUCGAGACGAGAGUCAACAUGAGUUAUCUGCGUGUAUGUCUACUCCAAAGAAAAUGAAAUUAUGCACUAAAGUGAAUAAUAUUAGAAGAUCAUAUCCUGCGUCGCCAUGUCCAGGAUUACCAAAUGCUGAGCUCCAUGGAAUGGCAUUUCAUCACAUAUAUACCCCGGAAGGAAUAUAUGCCACGAGUAAUAGCGAGUAUCAGAUAAAUCUCUUGAAGACAGCAGUCAAAGAAAAUCUCGAUAUUCUCCGAAGUAAUGUGAAAAAG